AUGGAGCCAGGAGACCCCAGCUUCGGCCGCAGUGCUUUGACGUGUAUUCCAGUUGAUUAUUCCAGCCUGCGAGAUGGAAGCUGCAUCGCCAGGACGAGUCCAAGUGAUCUUGACGAGUCUUCUGCACAGCUGUAUGUCUUGCUGAGUGACCAGGUGUGCUUGGCCCUGCAGGUCAUCAACGCCAUCGAGCAGGACUACCGGCUGCCUCCUCCCAUGGACUGUCCCAGCGCCCUGCACCAGCUCAUGCUGGACUGCUGGCAGAAGGACCGCAACAACCGGCCCAAGUUCAGCCAGAUCGUCAACAACCUGGACAAGAUGAUACGCAAUCCCAACACCUUGAAGGCAAUGACCCCGCUAUCGUCAGGCGUCCACCUGCCUCUGCUGGACCGCAGCGUCCCAGACUUUUCCAGCUUCAGCACGGUGGACGAGUGGUUGGACGCCAUCAAAAUGGGUCAAUACAAGGACAACUUUGCCAACUGCGACUUCAGCACUUUGGAGGUGGUGUCGCAGAUGACCAUGGACGACAUCCUGAGGGUGGGCGUGACGUUAGCGGGCCACCAGAAGAAGAUCCUCAACAGCGUCCAGAUGAUGCGGGCCCAGAUGAACCAGAUCCAGUCCGUGGAGGUCUGACCUUUCCCCAAGCGGAGUCGCGGUCCUGCAGGCGGUCAGGACGCGGGCCUGGCGGGCACCGAGGACGGAGCGGACGCUUAUCCAGUGUGGCGUUCUCCUCCACUCUUUACCCCCACCCCCCACUCCUCACCCCUCACCCCCCUCAUCCUCAGGGGUUGGCCAUGGAGACUUCUGAUGGCAAAAAAACAAAAAACAAAAAAAAAAACGCGUGACCAGCAACACUUUUUUUCUCUUCCAACUUUCACCACUUUUCAUUGGUACUUUGCUUUCUUCUCGUCAUUUUGUAAAGAAUUUUGUAAGGAAAAGGACACAAACGGAGAAAAUGCAAGGAGCUUGUGGACAUUGAAAGACGAGAUGAGCUUGUAGAGCGUGGGCAAGCUCCCCUUUAAAAGGAAGGCUGUGGACGUCGCCACCAUCAAAUGGACACUUUUGCCGCAGAAUGCUGUCAGGGAAAAAAAAAAAAUCUCCUUCAUUUUUAAUAUUGUGUGAAAUGUUGUGCUGAAGACCCCCAGGAUAGGCCACAAUAUUUGGUGGACAUAUCAAGACUCCACACAGCUGCUGAUCUUUUGCAAAGCAUGCUGGGUAACCCAGCCAACGUACCCGCCCCCUUCUUCCAAAUAGACUGGACAAGCUCUGCACUUUCUCCCUCAUAAUGUUCAAUAUUCACUUUCUUUUUGGGCUUUUCUUCUGCAAAGAGUCGACUGCAACACGACACAAACGCAGCAGCCCCGAUGGCGUCGAAAAUGAGGGGCGUGUCCUUACGCCAUCGGUCCACGCAUGCGCCAAGUCAAUCACGUCACUUCCGUUUGACAGCAGCUCUUUUUUUUGCAGACGCAGUCACUGAAACUGUGCUUCGGUUUCUCCUUUAAUCUUCACUCGGACAACUUAACACAUCAUUUAAAAACAUGUGCUCAGCAGCCUUAAAUGGCAAACAAACCAAUACUUUAUUUACAUCAAUUCACAAUACUGAUUAUUUAAAAGUCUACAUUUUGAUAUAAAUUUAAGUUACAGUAAGUGCCUUUUCUUAAAGCAUUAACAAAUAUAUAUAUAUGACGCAAUAAGUGUCAGUGGGUCAUUCAUGGCAAUGACAGAAGAGUGAAAAAGGGUGGACAUUUUGGCGAUAAUACUCCCAGAUGUAUUUUUGUUUUGAAUGCCCCCAUUUUUCAUCUUCAUAAUCGUGUUCCCUUUACUCUAAGGUAAGCUAUUAAUUAUACAAAAUAUUAGUAAAACAUUGAAAUACAUCGCAGAAGCCACAUCGUAAAAAAAAUGCAAGUCCAGGAAGUGACGUUGUCUUCACGCAUGCGUGGACACAUCCUGUUGUCCAGUACCCAUAAACACCAGAAAGGUAGACACAGCAUUAGCUGCUGUAACACGAGAAAUGUGGCAGCCAUCUUGAAGUGGUGAUGAGGAGCUGGCAAGCAGCCUAACCUUUUUUUGAUUGAGUGAAACUUGUAUUAUUAGAUUGCACAGUACAGUACAUAUUCCCUACAACUGACCACUAAAUGCUAACACCCCAAUAAGGUUUUCAACUUGUUUAAGUCCGGGUCCACCUUCAUCAAUUCAUGGUAACUGAUAGUUGACAGCUAGAAAACCAAGAUGUUGUCAGCAUUUUCCCGCUCAAAUGAGUGGACUGUUGAAAAUUGGAAUCGGGGGAUUACUUUUCACAAGUAAGAUUUAACAUUAACGUACUAUUGGUUGUAUUUUGUGAAAAGAAUAUUAGCAUAGAGUUGAGGAGGAGCAAAGAUCUUCAAUAGUACUGAGAUCCUAGCUGCUAGCAAACAAGAGUAUGACCAUUAUAGGAUUGCUUGUCAAUUAAAUUAAUAAAAUAGAAAAAUGUCAUACUAGAAUAACAUAAAGUUGAAAUAAAUGAUGAGGAUAAAGAUGGUAAAAGCCAACAGGGGUAAAAGUCCAGAUUGUGUAGAUGUGGACUGUCCAAUCAGAUGGACAGUGGCUAUACAGCAUUAUACAAGUCUCAAUUCAGUCUAUGGACUGUCCAAUCAGAUGGACAGUGGCUAUACAGCAUUAUACAAGUCUCAAUUCAGUCUAUGGACUGUCCAAUCAGAUGGACUGUGGCUAUACAGCAUUAUACAAGUCUCAAUUCAGUCUAUGGACUGUCCAAUCAGAUGGACUGUGGCUAUACAGCAUUAUACAAGUCUCAAUUCAGUCUAUGGACUGUCCAAUCAGAUGGACAGUGGCUAUACAGCAUUAUACAAGUCUCAAUUCAGUCUAUGGACUGUCCAAUCAGAUGGACUGUGGCUAUACAGCAUUAUACAAGUCUCAAUUCAGUCUAUGGACUGUCCAAUCAGAUGGACAGUGGCUAUACAGCAUUAUACAAGUCUCAAUUCAGUCUAUGGACUGUCCAAUCAGAUGGACAGUGGCUAUACAGCAUUAUACAAGUCUCAAUUCAGUCUAUGGACUGUCCAAUCAGAUGGACAGUGGCUAUACAGCAUUAUACAAGUCUCAAUUCAGUCUAUGGACUGUCCAAUCAGAUGGACAGUGGCUAUACAGCAUUAUACAAGUCUCAAUUCAGUCUAUGGACUGUCCAAUCAGAUGGACAGUGGCUAUACAGCAUUAUACAAGUCUCAAUUCAGUCUAUGGACUGUCCAAUCAGAUGGACAGUGGCUAUACAGCAUUAUACAAGUCUCAAUUCAGUCUAUGGACUGUCCAAUCAGAUGGACUGUGGCUAUACAGCAUUAUACAAGUCUCAAUUCAGUCUAUGGACUGUCCAAUCAGAUGGACAGUGGCUAUACAGCAUUAUACAAGUCUCAAUUCAGUCUAUGGACUGUCCAAUCAGAUGGACAGUGGCUAUACAGCAUUAUAGAAGUCUCAAUUCAGUCUAUGGACUGUCCAAUCGGAUGGACAGUGGCUAUACAGCAUUAUACAAGUCUCAAUUCAGUCUAUGGACUGUCCAAUCAGAUGGACUGUGGCUAUACAGCAUUAUACAAGUCUCAAUUCAGUCUAUGGACUGUCCAAUCAGAUGGACAGUGGCUAUACAGCAUUAUACAAGUCUCAAUUCAGUCUAUGGACUGUCCAAUCAGAUGGACAGUGGCUAUACAGCAUUAUACAAGUCUCAAUUCAGUCUAGCUUUCCAACCCAAUGUUGUGUAACCCACCUUUGUGAAAUACUUUCUUAACAGUAGAAUUGUAAGCAGGAAUAAGUCAUCAAGUAACAAUAUUCAAAUACUAACAAUGCUGGGUAAAACAGAAUUUGCUUUUCUUCUGAAGCCACUGAACCAGAUUGGUGGUUUUAGCUGAUAUGAAGACUGUCAGGGGUUUAUGUUGAAGUAUUUGGCAGACACUUUUAUGCAAAGCGACAUACAUGAAAAAUACAUAUAAAACAAUCAGUGUAAACAUGAUCAUUUAAGGGAAGAAUGUCAUAGAAAAUAUCAAUACAAGGUGUCAAGACAGAAUAAACUCUCUGCUGCAACAAGAGAGAUAGAGUCUAUAAGUUAUAUAGAUAUCUAAUGUAUUCAUACAUUAGAUAUGUCCUUCACCAUAGCUACAGGUAUGAGAAAAAAGGGGGUGACAAGGAGUGUUUUCAGUGAAGUAAAAUGAAUAAAAUGUGCUGACAGUUGUUGGCUCCUGCCAAGUGUAUUGCACUGAUCACCACUCCAAGAUGGCCGCCCUACUUCUCGUCAGCGCCAGUAGGCAGUCGCGCUCCAUGCUGCUUACACUUACAACAUGUCUGUGUGGCUUCCUGUCCCGGUGGUCCGACCUCCGUCUGUCUGUGCCCGGUUGUCUUCUCCUGGACACUGAAGCACGUUUCCAGAAGCUUCCAGACCUCAGCGGCCCACCUGUGAACUUUCCACGUGGCUUCAAGCUCGCAGCGGAGAAGCGUGAGCUCACCAAUGAGGAUAAUUCCCGUCCCCGCGUCCUUUCAGCGUGAGUCCGUCUCCAUGUUCCUUCCGCCGUUUUGUUGACAGUUUACAGGCCAGCACGUGACCCGCUGAUGCUGGCGUUGUUGAGCGGAAGUGUGAGUAGCUGUUUCCUGUUUCCUGUUUCCUGCAUGAAGUGUUGAUGUCGGUUUUCAUUUGAAGGCGCACACCAGGAAAGCAGCAGUAGCAUUUGAAGCGGAGCAAUAAUCAGGAGAAGACAUGCUGCAGUCAUUUUUGUACACUGUGAGAAACAUGCCGUGACAAAUGGAAUAAAAGGAAGACAAACAUUUA